AUGGACCGGGGCCAUUCCACUGUUGCCAUCAUUUGGGUUAUAUCAGCCGGGGAGCAUGCUGCUACUGUGGUCGGGGUCAAUCUCGGAGUCGGAAAGCACAUCAACGAGAUUGACCCAACGAAUCUCCCAAGAGUCCACACUUUCAGCCGUGUGGGUUUCACUCUCGCUAUACUGGCUUGUUCUCUAGCAAAGACCUCGUGGGCCCUUACGAUGUUGCGAAUAGUGAGAGAAACGAGGGACUGCAUGAGAAUAAUGGUGUGGUUUUGGUUGAUAUCCGUGAACGUUCUGAUGGACGUUGGGAUCAUCCUCAACUAUCUGGAAUGCGAUGGGUCGGGUCUCACUGUGUCGCCGAAUCAAAUGUGGUGCUGGAGUAAUCUCAUCGCGGCCAACUACAAUGUGUUCUCGUCGGCCUGGUCUGGAGUUGCGGACAUUGUUCUCGUCUUCCUAGCUUGGAAAAUCAUCCUACCCAUGCAAUUAAAAACCAAUGACAAGAUUGGGAUUGCAAUCGCAAUGAGCCUGGGAUUCAUCUCCGGUGUGAUAGGUCUGGCUAAGACAGCUAAUGUCCUUCUCAUGGCUAAAAUGGAUUAUACUUACGAGGUCACGAACCUCAUUAUAUGGACAGCGGCAGAGAUAACCGCUCUCAUCAUGGCUGCAAGUGUGCCAUUCAUCCGCCUUUUGGUGAAGGGAAGACUCCACACAUCACGGUCGAAUGCGAGCGGAGCUCAGGGACUGAAAGAACAACCAUAA